ACUCGCACAAACUCGCUCGGCCGCCGCCGUCCGUCACUGCGUGGGGGCCGCCGGGCCGGCAGGGGGCGCUGCGCCCGCUCCGCCACGGCCGCUCCGCCCUCUUUCCGCCUCCUCGGACGCCGCCAUCGCCGGGACGCCGCGCCGCUCCGCGCCAUGUCGUCGCACAAGACGUUCAAGAUCAAACGCUUCCUCGCCAAGAAGCAGAAGCAGAACCGGCCCAUCCCGCAGUGGAUUCGCAUGAAAACCGGCAAUAAGAUCAGGUACAACUCCAAAAGGAGGCACUGGAGGAGGACCAAACUGGGCUUGUAAGAGAGACUGUCCCAGGAGCUCUAAUGAACAUUGGUCUUUCUGUGUCAGAUCGAUAACAGCCUCAAGUCAUUCCUUCUGUGAUGCUGGACUGCAGUCCCCAGUGUGGGGUUUUUAUAAGCUGGUCUGGGAUGUUGAUGUUAACUGGGAAAAUCUUUGUAUCUGAAACAUGGAGACUGUGUUCUAUUGGUGUUCUUUCAGGCAUCACCGUGAGCAUUGACACUGCACAGGCUUACUAAUAAAUAUGGACCUGAAUGA